AUGUUACUGAACAAGAAUGUUAGAUCCAAACAAACUCUAGGAACAUUUGCUGGUGUAUUUUGUCCAGUAGCCAUGGCUAUGUUCAGUACAUUACUUUUCCUUAGAUUAGGAUUUGUUUUAGGGCAAGCAGGAUUAAUAGAAGCUUUGUUGAUGUUCAUGUUGGCUUAUCUCAUAAUGAUUUUGACCAUUUUAUCUAUUUGUGCUGUUUCAACGAAUGGAGCCAUUGAGGGGGGAGGAGCAUACUUUAUGAUCAGCAGAGCCUUGGGCCCAGAGUUUGGAGGAGGUAUUGGUUUUUUAUUUUUUUUAGCUCAGGUAGUCAGCUGUGGCCUUUACACUUCUGGUCUCGUUGAAGCACUAACUGCCAACUUCGGACAUAACGGUACCCUGAUUGCAGUGGGAGGACAGGGCUUGCCAGUGUCAUAUUGGUGGAACUACUUGUAUUCAUCUUUGUCACUGCUCAUAUGUUUGACUAUUUGCCUUAUCGGAGGUCAUCUUUAUGGUAAAACUAAUGUCUUCACCUUUCUGAUUGUGAUUAUAUGUGGCUCAUCUGUGAUAAUUAGCAUGCUUGCAAAGGGUGGUAUGUGCGUGCAGUACCCAACGGGGAACAACAAAUCAACGUGGGCCCUUGAUGAAGGGACACUGUAUCCAAAUUGUACACCAAACACUGCUCCAUAUACUGGACUCAGUUCAGCAACAUUCAAAGAAAAUCUUGAGAGCUCGUAUGUUGAAGAUUAUAGUACAGGCAAGCAGAUGAACUUUGCAGUUGUUUUUGCAGUUUUAUUCAGCAGUGUCACUGGAAUCAUGAAUGGAGCCAACAUGUCAGGCGAGCUAAAGAAUCCAAGUAAAGCAAUUCCACGAGGGACAAUUGGUGCUGCCCUCUUCACCUUGAGUACUUUCAUCAUUAUUUUGCUUCUUUGUUCAGCCACUGCUUCCAAGGAAUUGUUAAUCGGUAAUUAUAAUUUUCUACUGUCUGUGAAUUUGUGGUCUCCAUUUGUUGCCAUCGGCCUGUUUGCUGCCACCCUCUCUGCUGCCCUCGGCAACCUCAUCGGUGGGUCACGGAUAUUAUUUGCUCUUGCUAAGGAUAACAUUUAUGGUAUUCUGCUGAAGCCUGCCUGUGUGACCACCAAAAAUGGAAAUCCAGUUGUCGCAGUUUUAAUCUCCUGGUUCCUCACGCAGUUGGUCCUACUGAUAGGAUCGUUGAACAACAUUGCUCCCAUGUGUUCUGAGAUGUUCCUGCUGGCUUAUGCCAUGACCAACCUGGCUUGCUUGGCACUUGAACUCACUUCAGCUCCUAAUUUUAGACCCAUGUUCAAGUAUUAUUCAUCUCUAACCUCUCUCCUUGGUUUGGCUGGCUGCAUCGUGAUGUGCUUUUUUAUAAAUUAUGUUUAUGCACUGAUAGCUCUGUCGUGUCUGAUCAUACUGGUUGUUGCCCUUCAUAUGAGGGGCUUCGAAAACAACUGGGGUUCCAUUAGUCAGGCCUUGAUAUUUCAUCAAGUUCGAAAAUAUCUUUUGCUAUUAGAUUUUAGAAAGGAUCACAUAAAAUUUUGGAGACCUCAGAUGCUUUUAUUAGUAGCCAAUCCUCGAAUGAGCAGCCAACUUAUUGAUUUUAUAAAUGAUUUGAAGAAAAGCGGCUUGUACAUUGUUGGUCAUGUUAAAGUCGGAAAUCUUGAUAAUGAUGAAACAGACCCUCUUCAAAAUGAGUACCUUAUCUGGGUUAAAUUGAUAGAAAAGUUGAACGCUAAAGCAUUUGUUGAAUUAACGAUGUCUUCGUCGAUCCGUCAAGGUAUUCACCAUUUAAUUAGAAUUUCUGGUAUUGGUGGAAUGAAACCAAACACAGUCUGUUAUGGCUUCUAUGAUGACUCUAUGCCCGUAGAUACAUUAAAAAAAUUCAUUCCACAAACUAACAGUAGAAAAAUGAAUAUUAUGAAACUCUAUACGAGGAACGAGAUGCGAGCACAAGAGCAGGACGCGUUUGACAUUUUCAACCAUGUCAAUACAGAAAAAUCAUUUUCUAAACUUGAGUACGUACUGAUGAUUCGAGAUGCCAUAAAGUUGAAGAAAAAUGUUUGCCUUUUCAGACAUUUUCAUCUUCUGGAUAAAAUUAAAAUUGAAAGCUAUUCCGAGAAAAUGUUUAUCGAUGUAUGGCCCGUUAAUUUUUUUAAUUUAAAUUCAACAUCGGUAAAUUUUGAUAAGACGUGCUUAUUUUUGCUGCAACUGGCAUGCAUACUUCAUAUGGUACCUGGUUGGAGGAAACACACGUCCUUGAGAAUAUUUGCCUGCUGUCAGAAUUCCUCUUCAGAAAUGAAGCGCAUUGAGUCCCUAUUAGUUGACUUCUUGAACCUUUUUAGAAUUAGGGCCGAAAUCAAAGUGGUUGAAAUAGACGAUUUAAUGCAUCAUAUGCACAUAUCUUCAGACUUCACAUCCAAUUCGGAUCCAAUAUUCUCUGAUAGUUAUAUACAACAAGUAAACGAAAUAUUAAAAAGUCAAUCUUCAAAUACUGCAGUACUUUUUCUUUAUUUGCCCACUGUACCAGAUUCAGAAAGAAAACAGGUAAUAUAUUACAGGCAACUAGAAUUAUUAACUCAAGAGAUUCCACCUACCGUUCUGGUUCACGGUCUACAACCAGUUAUUUGUACUAGCCUUUAA